ACUCUCAUAGUCAAAAACCCUAAAAUUCUCAUCCUUCUUCGUUGCAAUACGAAUCGAUCGAUUUCUUUUCUCUACAGCAAAAAUGGCUAACCCUAAGGUUUACUUCGACAUGUCCAUCGGAGGACAACCAGCCGGAAGAGUCGUCUUCGAGCUCUUCGCCGACACGGUUCCCCGCACCGCCGAGAAUUUCCGGGCCCUCUGCACCGGUGAGAAAGGCGUCGGUCGCGGCGGCAAGCCUCUCCACUACAAGGGAUCAUCCUUCCACCGUGUGAUCCCUAACUUCAUGUGUCAGGGAGGUGACUUCACCGCUGGAAACGGCACCGGAGGUGAGUCGAUCUACGGCUCCAAGUUUGCCGAUGAGAACUUUAUCAAGAAGCACACCGGUCCUGGGAUCCUUUCAAUGGCGAAUGCAGGACCUGGGACGAACGGAUCUCAGUUCUUCAUCUGCACCUCGAAGACGGAGUGGCUCGACGGAAAGCACGUGGUGUUCGGCCAAGUUGUUGAAGGAAUGGACGUCGUUAAGGCGGUCGAGAAGGUUGGAUCUAGCUCCGGCAAGACCUCCAAGCCUGUUGUGAUCGCCGAUUGCGGUCAACUCUCUUAGAACUAUUGCGUUGAUCAGAAGCUCAGUCUCUUUCCCGUGGUGGUGUCUCCCUCUUUCUCUCUGAUUCUCUCUCUGAAAAGUUGAUGUAUGGUACUAAGCGGUGUCGUUUUGGUGUUUUCAAAUGAUAAUCUCUUUUCUGAGUCGUGUAAGGGUUUCGUGGUGAUGUUACUCUCUGCGUAGAGUUGAACCCGUUUCCCAUUCGUCAUUUAACUAGUGUCUUUGUGAUGAUGAUAAACAUAAAACUGAUUGAGCUACCUUCAAUAAAAUUAGGAUUUACAUCAUAA